UGGGAGGUGCACUGGGGAAGUAGCUUUAUAAAGGCAGCAAACCCCCACUGCCACGUCCUCCCCUGCGCCAAGAGUCGGUUGCAUCUAAAAACACCGCAGAACUCCUUCCAAUGGAUUAUUUGACUUGAUCCUCAGAAGAUGUGUCUAUCACAGGAGUAGGACUGUUCCUGGGGCCUGUGGACAGACUCUCACUGAGCACUGACUGAUCAGAUAAGUAUACUGCCUAGUAGAUGGAGUGGGGCCCUCCCGUUGUAAAGAGGUUCUCUGGCUGUGGGCUCCUCUCUCCAUGAGUAGCUGAGAGCAUGAUGGGAAGCUACAGCUGGUCUUACGGUUCAAGUGUUCUCAGCCUAGAAGGGUUGUGAACGGGUGUCAAACAGCUGCAUUUGUACCUCCUUAAUUGAGAGUGGGGUCUAAGCUAGACAGGGUUGGGGGCCCUGGCAAGGAAAAAGUUAUAAACCUGUCAUGAAAAAAGAAAAGGAGGACUUGUGGCACCUUAGAGACUAACAAAUUUAUUAGAGCAUAAUCUUUCGUGAGCUACAGCUCACUUCAUCGGAUGCUGUAGCUCACGAAAGCUUAUGCUCUAAUAAAUUUGUUAGUCUCUAAGGUGCCACAAGUCCUCCUUUCCUUUUUAUGGAUACAGAUUAACACGGCUGCUACUCUGAAACCUGUCAUGGUUAUAACGACGCAUCUGUCCAAGUAAUGAGAGAUCAGGAGUGAGUCUAUUUGAAUGGGAUUGAUCAGGGUCAGAUUAGGGCAUAAACAUUAUCAGCCUUGAUUAGGACCGUGGCUCCUGGAGUCAUGUGAUUACCAAAGACUGGUUUUUGGUUGUUUUUGUUUUUUGUUAAAGUUUUGAGUCCUUGGGAAGAAAAGAUUGGAACUGUGACUUGAAUGUAAGCAAUGCAGAAACAUCUGCCUGAGUCUGCAGAGAGCCUGAGACCAUUCUCUGAAAUGGGGGGAGUUGCCCCAUGCAUCUCAAAGGGGUGUUAACCCCAAAAUCUGCUGUUGUGGAGGACCCCCAUGAAGAUCAUUCCAGUAAAGGACCCUGCAUGUGGCAAGAGGGGAAGAGUGCAGUGGGCCCAGUUCCCCUGCCCCCAUCCAAGUAAAGACACCAGUCCCGCACCAUCUCCUUGCCCCCUUCGCUCCCCUGCAUCUUGGGGAAAAGGUGGCACAAAGACCCGGGAGUGGGAAUUAUGGACUUCUGUGAACCCCGCAACCAAGGGAAAAUGCUGAGAAGAGGACUAUGGCCCAGGAAGGGUGAAGGGCUUGUGUUAUUUUGUUUGAAUUCUUGCUUACCCUGGAAGAGGAGGGAGGACACUGGUUGGCAUGGUGACUAUGGAGAGCUAAACUGAAUUUUCUAUCCAACUGCUGAGGGGAAACUGAGGCAUGGCCCAAGUUAAACUGAGGAACAGACUGACUGGAUGCCAGGCCAGGAGCCAAAGCCAGGGACACUGCAGCUGACUGGAACUGACUCUGCCAUAGCUGCAAAGAGCCAUUUCUUGCAGCUGGCUCCAAGUUGAUCAGAGCCCAGCACCCACCGCUGCCUCACUGAGCGAAGAGAUGCCGGAGGGAGCAGAAGCAAAUCCCUCUGAGCAGCCUCUUAACGGCUGCAUAAAGAUGGAGAAUGGAGGAGAACCAGAUGAUCCAGCUAACAGCAACUCGAGGAAAGCAGCUGUAUCUGAAGGUCGAGCUGUAUUCAUUGCCAUAGUCGUGGUCUUGGUGGUAAUCAUCAUUGCUUUAGCAGCAGCUUUGGGAGUGGAAAAAUCUAAGCACUCUUCUCGAUGUCCCCCUGCUGCCUCCUGGUGCCCGGAUGGCUGGAUCGGGAUCCAGGGGAAAUGUUACCAUUUUUCUAAAGCUUCAGGGAAUUGGACCUACAGCCGGAGCUUCUGCUCUUCACAGGGUGCCUCCCUGGCUGGGAUUGACAAUCUGCAGAAGCUGGAUUCCCUGCUGCCCUACAAAGGCAAACUGGACCACUGGAUCGGCCUCUGGAAGGACGCGGGCCAGGUCUGGAAAUGGGCCAACGGGACCGAGUUUGACCAUCGGUUUGAAAUACAAGGAGGAGCAGACUGCACGUACCUGGACGAAGACCUCACAGUCAGCAGCUCCAGCUGCAGCUCUCUGAGAAAAUGGAUCUGCAGUAAACCUGUGACACUCUGUACCUUAGGGGAACACCCUACACCCCCAUGUUCAUCCUUAUGAUUGUGUGGUAUCCAGUGCAAAGUUUGUCAUGUCGGGUGUCUUCGGAAGGCUCAUGAUGCACUGAUCAUUGUUGUUAUAUAAUGUUAUAGGUUGUAAUUUCAUGUAUAUAGUUAUGAGGUUGAAAAUGUGUCCUCGUGGCCUAAAACAAGCUGUGGUAAAUGAAAGUGGGGGGGUAGCUCCCUUUUAUGGACACCCAGCAUGCCAGUAGCUAUAAAAUCCCUUUUAGCCGCUGUUAUUUAAUUGCUUUACCUGUAAAGGGUUAAAAAAUCUUACUGCCAUGCAUAGGUAAAAGGAAGUGAGUGGGGAACUGGCCAAAAGAGCCAAUGGGAAGGCUAGAACUUUUUAAAUUGAAACAAAGACUUCCCUUUUGUCUGUUUUUGUUUUCAGGGAGAGGCAGACAGGGAGCAAUUAUGCUGUGAGAAGCUUGGCCAGGCAUGAAAAAUCAUCAGUAUCAUACCUAGAAACUACUCAUUUAAAACUUCAGAUAGUUAAAUAGAUUAGGAAAUGUUUAGGAAGAUGCUAAUAGGUUUAUCCCUUUUAUUUUUUUUUAUGGCUUUCAAUUUUUUUGUGCUAACCCCAAGUGCUUUUGUUUUGCU